ACAAAAACAACAAAAAAAAGUUUGACAAAUCCAAGGUUGUCUUGCUGGAAUGAAUAUAUCUGAGUCUAGUUACUGUCGAGAGGAGAGUUCUCAGCCCAGGGGCGAGCGUUCAUGGGUCGCAGCCCCCAGCCCCGGCUCUGACCGUGGGCGGGGAUUCGACCAGACCCUCAUAGGAGACUUGGGACCCACAGCGCCUGUGGGAGUGGGAGUCGGAGCAGGAGGGGGAGCGGAGGGCCAGGCAGGCAGCCCCGACCCUGCCUGCGUAGGAGCUCCGGUCCUGGGCAGCCCCGCGGGGAAGACAGGGGCAGAGUCCCGAAUCCGCCGGCCCAUGAACGCCUUCAUGGUGUGGGCGAAGGAUGAGCGGAAACGCCUGGCACUGCAGAACCCGGACUUGCACAACGCCGUCCUCAGCAAGAUGCUGGGCCAGUCAUGGAAGUCUCUGAGCACUCCUGAGAAGAGGCCCUUCGUGGAGGAGGCGGAGCGGCUCCGGCUGCAGCACCUCCAGGAUCACCCCAACUACAAGUACCGCCCCCGCCGAAAAAAGCAGGCCAAGAAGAUCAAACGCAUGGAACCCAGCCUCCUGCUCCACGGCCUGUCCCAGGCCUGCGGGGGCGGAGCGGCGGGGGACAGCUACAGCCAACCGGGACACCCCCACCACCGCCACCUGCUGCCCUCCCUCGGGCACUUCGGUGACCUGCACCCUGGCGGCGGCCCGGACUACGAAAGCUACGGCCUGCCCACACCUGAGAUGUCCCCGCUGGACGUGCUGGAGGAGGGGGGAGACUCCGUGUUCUUCCCCCCACACAUGCAGGAGGAUGUGAACCUGCCCCCCUGGAUUAACUACCACCCUCAUCCCCACCACCCCCACCCGCACCCCCACCCCCAUGCCCACCCUCACCAUCACCAUGGGCACGGCCACGCGCAAGGCCACUCGCACCCCCACCACGGCCAGAAGGCGCCUCUUGAGCCUCGGCUUGACAAGUGCCACAUCCCAGGAGCCACGAACGCUCACUACUCCCAGAGCCCGGCUGGCCUGACUGACCCGCCCAAAGCCCCGGCUGGCACUGCCUACUACAACCACCUCUACCCGGGCGGCCAGCCGGGCAGCUUCACCUCGCACCUGGGCCAGCUGUCGCCCCCGCCCGAGUCCACCGCCGCAGCCGGCCCGCCCCCGGCCACCGGCCUGGACUCCGUGGAGCACCUGGGUCCCCCCUCGGAGUUCUGGACAGAAGUGGACCGUAACGAGUUUGACCAGUACCUGGACUCGAGCCGGACUCGACUGGAGUGCGCGGCGCAAGGCUAUGGCGCCUCUUUGUCUAAGGUGUCCGGCAGACACAUAUCCUGUGAGGAGAGCAGCCCCCUGAUAUCCGCUCUGUCAGAUGCCAGCAGCGCCGUCUACUACAGCGCCUGCAUCACUGGGUAAACUGCAGACACCCCUCCUCUGUCCCACACCUAAACAUGGGAAAAGGGCUUUUGAGUUCAGUCCAAAUUAAUGCUUUAGAUAAGAAUGUGAGUAUUUUGACACUA